UGGUUCAGGUAUUAUCUGAGAUGUUUGCAACAUUUCGAAAAUCCCAUAAAUGGCACGCAACCAAUGACGAACUUCAACAAUAGUACUGAAAUAACAGAUAUAGAGGAGUAUUCGCACGACUAAAUCGCAUACGUUGCACAAUGAAGUUCUACGUGGGCAUCAUUAUAACGGUAUUUUUUGUGUGCAAGAGAUUUGCAGAGGCUGAACAACGUUACACGGUGAAAAAUGAGCGUUUCGAGCAUUACGAUGGUGUGCAGGAGACUCUAUUUUCUGCGGAUAACGCUAGAGUUAUCGGUCGUCAACGUACCUUGAAUGGCACUUUGAAGUUUUUGGAAGACAUGGACAACGAACACUUUAUGAUAAGUGUAGAAACUUUCCAUUCUCAACCAGGAGAUGAUAGUUAUAAGCUUUUACCCAUAGGCAUCCCGCGUAUGCCCCUUUGUGAGGGUCUCAAAAACUAUUUCGCUAAAGUAGCGCAACCGUCUUUUGUACAUGGUGAGAACACUGAUUUUCCUUACAUACCUGAGGAGGGUUUGUGUCCCCUGCCGAAAGGUGAAUAUUACUUUAAGAAUUUGACUUUAAAGACCGACACGUGGCCCACUCAGUUACCAAGGGGCAAUAUAAAAGUGAAAUUGACUAUUUUCAAGGAUGUAGUCGAUAUUGGCGCAGGCGCAGUGGUAAUGAAAGUGGAAGAUGGUGAAUGAAGCUUUAUGGUUUCGAAAAGUAAUGUAAAAAAGACAGAAUUUGUGUGACUUACAAGUUACAUAUGUAGUUCUGGGAAAAAAAUUUGAAAAAAGUACGAACAAAGAAAUAAUUAAA